AUGGAUCAGCUUCAUGAACCACAGGCGGCAGGAGAUGCACAAAACAACAACAACAGCAACAACAACGGUGGUCAAGUCUUAGCAGCUGAAGGAGUCGAAGCCAUGGAGGCGAGAGCGCCGGUACCCACCAUUCACCACAGGCCUCAGGAACCAUACGAGGGUUUUCGUAUGAGGCUUCGAGGCGAAGAGCGCCAGUGGGCCAGAGCUAUCAAGGCUGCCAUUGAGGCGGAACCAGACCUCCAAAGCCUGCCAUCGGACUUUGACUACGCACAGCUGGCAUGUGUGGAUCUGGAUGAUGUAGAAGAAGCCGUGGCACGAACUCGACGGAUGCAGUACUUUCAACAGGAGUUGGAGAUCGAGGAUUCUCUGGAGAGUGGACUCAGGUUCAUUCGAGAGGCCGUGCGCCUCUUCCCCGGCUUCUUCCUUGGUAUGUCUUUCACCUAUGCCCGUGGUGGGGGGCACUACACAAUGGCGGUCAACACCAAUGCACUGAACAAUGGAAGGCUGUCAAAUGCGGAUGGUGCUGCACGCAAGACCUUGAUGACGGCUCUAUACCACUGUCUUCAUGCGCUUAACCCAGAUUUUGAAUCCACUGUGCAGGGAAUUGUCAUUCUUGUCGAGUGCGAUCACUUUGAUUGGAACCAACAUGGGAACCUGGCUGCUCUAAGGCACAUUCAAUCAGAGGUGGGAGUUGCUGUCAUCAAGCAUUACCCUACCGAGUGGCACCAGGUUAGGCUCUUCAACACUGGCAUGGUUUUCAAUAUGAUCAUGUCCUUGAUGAGACCUUUCCUACCGCUCGCACUUCGAGGCAGGGUUCGCCUCGGAUGCAGCUCUGCGCUUGGCAACCUGGAGAACAUAUUUGUGCACCCCAAUUUGGAGGCUUCCAAUGAGCGGUUCCUGAUGUUCUUUGAAGACUGCUUGCAUCGACGAUAUUCCAAGGUUGCUUCAUUCUCCCUGGACUAUGUGCCUCCCGAUGAGGUGUUUUAG